GCAUUCUGCCAGAGUAUGAAACAAAACCCCAGCCCGGCAGUAGAAAAAACAGCAGCAGGCGAGCAAUCGUUCGUCUUUCCGCCGCGAAAACUGAAGAAGAUGCCAUCGACGUUGCUCGCUCUCUUCCUCGCUCUCCUCCACUUCGGGGCUCGCGCGGGUGCGCUCUACGCACCCUCUUCUCCCGUUCUCCAACUCACUCCCUCCAACUUCAAAUCCAAGGUUUUGGACUCGAACAGGGUUGUAUUGGUUGAAUUCUUCGCGCCAUGGUGCGGCCAUUGCCAAGCCCUGACGCCGAUUUGGGAGAAAGCGGCGACUGUAAUGAAGGGUGUCGCUACUGUGGCAGCUCUUGAUGCGGAUGCUCACAAGUCGCUUGCUCAGGAAUAUGGGAUCAAAGGAUUUCCAACUAUAAAGGUGUUUUCCCCUGGUAAGCCUCCAGUAGAUUAUCAAGGAGCAAGGGAUGUCAAACCGAUUGCAGAAUUCGCAUUGCAGCAGAUUAAGGCGCUUUUGAAGGAGCGUUUAAGUGGAAAGGCAGAUGGAGGUUCAAGUGAAAAAACUGUAACUAGCGCAUCAGUAGAACUGACUUCUCAUAACUUUGAUGAACUAGUUCUUAAAAGCAAAGAACUCUGGAUAGUGGAAUUUUUUGCACCUUGGUGUGGCCACUGUAAAAAGUUGGCACCGGAAUGGAAGAAAGCUUCAAAUAACCUGAAGGGGAAGGUGAAGCUGGGCCAUGUUGAUUGUGAUGCUGAGAAGUCUCUAAUGAGCAGAUUCAAGGUUCAAGGAUUCCCUACCAUUUUAGUGUUUGGGAUUGAUAAAGAUAGUCCAUAUCCUUAUGAGGGUGCACGAACUGCUUCCGCAAUUGAAUCAUUUGCACUGGAGCAGCUGGAGACUAAUAUAGCUCCACCUGAAACCACCGAACUGACUGGCCCGGAUGUGAUGGAAGAAAAGUGUGCCCCUGCUGCCAUCUGUUUUGUGGCUUUCCUCCCUGACAUUUUGGAUUCAAAGGCAGACGGAAGGAAUAAGUACCUUGGGCUCUUGUUAUCAGUUGCAGAGAAAUUUAAACGAAGUCCUUACAGCUAUGUUUGGGCAGCUGCAGGCAAACAGCCUGAUCUUGAGAAGCAAGUUGGUGUUGGUGGUUACGGUUACCCAGCUUUGGUAGCGUUGAAUGUGAAGAAAGGUGCCUACGCUCCACUUCGCAGUGCAUACGAGCUCGACCAAGUCGUGGAGUUUGUGAAGGAAGCAGGGCGUGGCGGUAAGGGGAAUCUGCCUCUUGGAAACACUCCCGUCAUUGUGAAAACGGAACCUUGGGAUGGUAAAGACGCUGAGAUUCUUGAAGAGGACGAGUUCUCCCUUGAAGAGCUCAUGGGAGAAGAAGACACAAGCAAAGAUGAGUUGUAAUCUCCGUUUGGAGACAUAAUAGGAAAAAUUAAUUAAAGUGAGUUUCAGGAGGUAUCGAUUUUGAUCUGUCAUUACAACUGGCAAGGCAUGUUUCGAAUCUCUUGAUUUUUUAGGAAACCAUGUUUAAGCCUUUUUAGAUGUUUUGCUAAUUAGUUCAGGUGUUCUCAUAUCCUAAGAAUUAUGUUCUUCUA